AUGGCUGCACCGCUGCUCGCACCCCCAGGCCCCGACAGCUUCAAGAGGUUCACCCAGGAAACUUUGGCCAACAUUGAAAAGCGUAUCGCAGAGGAGAAGAAGAAGAAACCUGUCAAGCCCCGAUCAGACAGCAGCCACCGUGAUGAUGAUGACGACAGUGGCCCUAAGCCCAACAGCGAUCUGGAGGCGGGGAAGAGUCUGCCGUUCAUCUACGGGGACGUCCCUUCGGAGAUGGUGGCAGUGCCUCUGGAGGACUUGGACCCCUUCUAUGUGAACAAGAAAACCUUUAUAGUGCUAAACAAAGGGAAAACGCUCUUCCGUUUCAGUGCCACGCCCUCAUUGUAUAUCAUUAGCCCUUUUAGCCUGCUCAGGCGAAUAGCUAUUAAAAUUUUGAUACAUUCAGUUUUCAGCAUGAUCAUUAUGUGUACAAUUUUGACCAACUGUGUGUUCAUGACCUUCAGCAAUCCCCCAGAAUGGUCCAAACAAGUAGAAUACACCUUCACAGGGAUCUACACCUUCGAGUCCCUCACAAAGAUUGUGGCUCGAGGGUUUUGUAUAGAUGACUUCACGUUUCUCAGAGAUCCCUGGAACUGGUUGGACUUUAUGGUCAUCUCUAUGGCGUAUAUAACAGAGUUUGUAAACCUAGGCAAUGUGUCAGCUCUACGCACAUUCAGGGUGCUGAGGGCUUUGAAAACUGUUGCUGUGAUCCCAGGACUGAAGACCAUUGUGGGGGCUUUGAUCCAGUCUGUGAAGAAGCUGUCUGAUGUGAUGAUCCUGACCGUCUUUUGUCUGAGUGUAUUUGCCCUCAUUGGCCUCCAGCUCUUUAUGGGUAACCUUCGACAAAAGUGUGUGUUCUGGCCAAUCAGCAACCUCACUGUCACCUACCUGUCCAAUGGGAGCAAGGGCUUCGACUUUGAUGCAUAUAUCAUGAAUGAGACUAACUUCUACUUCCUGCCGGGAAUGCUAGACGCUUUGCUGUGUGGAAACAGCUCUGAUUCUGGGCGAUGUCCAGAGGGCUACACCUGUAUGAAGGCAGGCCGUAAUCCAAACUAUGGGUACACCAGCUUUGACUCAUUCGGUUGGGCCUUCCUUGCUCUCUUCCGGCUCAUGACACAGGAUUUCUGGGAAAACCUUUAUCAGCUGACUCUGCGAGCAGCAGGAAAGACAUACAUGAUCUUCUUUGUGCUGGUGAUCUUCGUGGGCUCCUUCUACCUGGUGAAUCUGAUCCUGGCUGUGGUGGCCAUGGCCUAUGAGGAGCAGAACCAAGCCACUAUAGAGGAGGCAGAGCAGAAAGAGGCAGAGUUUAAAGCUAUGCUUGAACAGCUCAAGAAACAGCAAGAGGAGGCACAGGCCAAUGCCAUGGCCACCUCAGCAGGGACUGUAUCAGAGGAUGCUGUGGAGGAUGAUGGAGGAGGCCGCCUGUCUCGCAGCUCCUCAGAGGUGUCCAAGCUGAGUUCCAAGAGUGCCAAGGAGCGAAGGAACCGUAAGAAAAAGCUGAAGAAAGAGCAGGAAAAGGAGAAAGGGGACAGCGAGAAGGUUGUCAAGUCAGAGUCAGACGAGGGCAGCAAGAGUUUUCGUUUCCGUUUCCCUGACAACAGACUGGGCAGGAAACCCUCCAUCAUGAACCAGUCUCUGCUGAGUAUACCUGGCUCACCCAUGUCUCGCCAUAACAGUCGCAGCAGCAUCUUCAGCUAUAAAGGACGCUCACGGGAUGUGGGCUCAGAGAAUGAGUUUGCAGACGACGAGCAUAGCACAGUGGAGGAGAGUGAGGAUCGUCGCGGCUCCCUUUUCAUCCCAUACCGACGCAACAGCUACAGUGGCUACAGCCAGGGCUCCUCACGCAUCAACCCACUAGCACCUCACUCUGGCUGCAAGAGGAACAGCACAGUUGACUGCAACGGCGUGGUGUCUCUGAUCGGGCCAGGGACUGGCCGGCUUCUGCCUGAGGUGAAAAUAGAUAAGGCAGCUACUGACGACAGUACCACUGAGGUGGACAUGAAGAGGAAACACUCAGGCUCUCUUAUGGUGUCAGUGGACCAGCUCAAUACAUCUUUUGGACGAAAAGAACGAGCUAACAGUGUGAUGACCGUCAUCACUAACACACUGGUGGAGGAGCUGGAGGAGUCUCAGAGGAAGUGUCCACCAUGCUGGUACAAGUUCGCUAACACGUUUCUGAUCUGGGAGUGUUGUCCACUUUGGUUGAAAAUUAAGGAGAUAGUAAACCUGAUAGUGAUGGACCCAUUUGUAGACUUAGCCAUAACAAUAUGUAUUGUGCUGAACACCGUCUUCAUGGCCAUGGAGCACUACCCUAUGACAGAACAAUUUGAGGAAGUGCUGAGUGUUGGAAACCUGGUGUUCACAGGUAUUUUCACAGCUGAGAUGUUUGCGAAGCUGAUAGCGAUGGAUCCAUACUACUACUUCCAGGAGGGCUGGAACAUCUUUGAUGGCUUUAUUGUAAGCCUGAGUUUGGUGGAGUUGGGACUAGCUGAUGUUGAAGGAUUGUCAGUGCUCAGAUCCUUCAGAUUGCUGAGGGUGUUCAAAUUGGCUAAGUCAUGGCCCACCCUGAAUAUGCUGAUUAAGAUCAUUGGAAACUCAGUGGGUGCCCUGGGUAACCUAACCCUGGUACUGGCCAUCAUCGUCUUCAUCUUCGCUGUGGUGGGCAUGCAGCUGUUUGGAAAGAGCUAUAAGGACUGCGUGUGUAAGAUCGCUCAGGACUGCGAGCUGCCACGUUGGCACAUGAAUGACUUCUUCCAUUCCUUUCUCAUUGUGUUCCGCGUGCUGUGUGGAGAGUGGAUCGAGACCAUGUGGGACUGCAUGGAGGUGGCUGGCCAGUCCAUGUGUCUCAUUGUUUUCAUGAUGGUCAUGGUCAUUGGAAACUUGGUGGUGCUAAAUCUGUUCCUGGCCUUGCUGCUCAGCUCGUUCAGUGCUGAUAACCUUGCGGCCACAGAUGAUGACGGGGAGAUGAACAACCUGCAGAUCUCAGUCAUUCGCAUUAAGAAGGGCAUCGCCUGGUUAAAAGUGCAUGUACGACUCUUGGUGGCGCAUAUUUUGAAGAAGCCUCCUCUGGAGGAUGAAGACAAGCCUCUGGAUGACAUGUAUGAAAAGAAACAUAACAUCAUAGGAAACCACACAGGUGUGGACAUAAAGUGCGGCGACCUUGACUUUGCUAAGAAUGGUAACGGCACGACCAGUGGGAUAGGCAGCAGUGUGGGGAAGUACAUGAUCGACGAGGACCGCAUGUCCUUUAUCCACAAUCCUAACCUGACCGUACGGGUUCCCAUUGCUGUGGGUGAGUCAGACUUUGAGAAUCUGAACACUGAAGACUUCAGCAGCGAGUCGGACGUGGAGAACAGCAAAGAGUUGGAUGACACCAGUUCUUCUGAGGGCAGCACUAUAGACAUAAAGCCUGAUGAGGAGGAGGUGGCAGCCGUGGAGGUUGUGGAGGAAUACCUCGAUCCAGAGCCGUGCUGGACUGAUGCUUGUGUGGCGCGGUAUAAGUGCUGCGAUGUGUCCAUCACUGAGGGCUGGGGCAAGUACUGGUGGUACCUGAGAAAAACCUGCUACCUCAUUGUAGAACACAACUGGUUUGAAACCCUCAUCAUCUUUAUGAUCCUGCUCAGCUCUGGGGCUCUGGCGUUUGAGGAUGUGUAUAUUGAACAGAGGAAAACCAUUCAGAUCAUCCUAGAAUAUGCAGAUCGAGUCUUCACCUACAUCUUCAUCCUAGAAAUGUUGCUGAAAUGGGUGGCUUAUGGCUUUGUCAAAUACUUCACCAAUGCCUGGUGCUGGCUGGACUUCUUCAUUGUGGAUGUGUCUAUAGUCAGCCUUAUAGCUAAUGCGCUGGGGUACUCAGACUUGGGCCCCAUUAAGUCCCUGAGGACUUUAAGAGCCCUCAGGCCGCUGAGAGCUUUGUCCCGGUUUGAGGGCAUGAGGGUUGUGGUGAAUGCUCUGGUGGGAGCCAUCCCCUCCAUUAUGAAUGUGCUGUUGGUGUGUCUUAUCUUCUGGCUCAUCUUCAGUAUCAUGGGGGUCAACUUGUUUGCCGGAAAGUACAACUACUGCUUUAACGAUACAUCAGAGGAGUAUUUUGAUCCGUCGGAUGUUAACAACAUGACGGAAUGUUUUGCACUUAUCAAUGCAAAUCACACUGAAGUUCGCUGGAAGAACGUCAAAAUCAACUUCGAUAAUGUGGGUGCUGGGUACCUGGCACUUUUGCAAGUGGCCACAUUCAAAGGUUGGAUGGACAUUAUGUAUGCAGCUGUGGAUUCUAGAAAGGUUGAAGACCAGCCACUCUAUGAAGACAAUAUCUACAUGUACAUAUACUUUGUCAUCUUCAUUAUUUUUGGCUCCUUCUUUACACUUAAUCUCUUCAUUGGUGUCAUCAUUGACAAUUUCAACCAACAGAAGAAAAAGUUUGGAGGCCAGGACAUCUUCAUGACGGAAGAACAGAAGAAAUACUACAAUGCUAUGAAGAAACUGGGCUCUAAGAAACCCCAGAAGCCCAUCCCCAGACCACAGAACAACAUUCAGGGUAUGGUGUUUGACUUUGUCACGCAGCAAGCCUUUGACAUCUCCAUUAUGAUGCUCAUUUGUCUGAACAUGGUCACUAUGAUGGUGGAAACAGAUGACCAGUCAGAAAAGACAGAGAACAUCCUGUAUUGGGUCAACUUUGUUUUCAUUGUGGCUUUCACUGGAGAGUUUGUGCUGAAGCUCUUUGCGCUACGUCAUUAUUAUUUCACCAAUGGCUGGAACAUCUUUGACUGCGUUGUGGUGAUUUUAUCCAUUGUAGGUAUGUUCCUGGCAGACCUGAUUGAGAAGUACUUUGUGUCACCUACUCUGUUCAGGGUGAUCCGUCUGGCUCGAAUUGGCCGCAUCCUGCGUUUAAUCAAAGGAGCCAAGGGCAUCCGGACUUUACUGUUUGCUUUGAUGAUGUCACUUCCUGCCCUAUUCAACAUUGGCCUGCUGCUCUUCCUGGUCAUGUUCAUCUUCUCCAUCUUUGGCAUGUCCAACUUUGCAUAUGUAAAAAGGGAGGUUGGCAUUGACGACAUGUACAAUUUUGAAACUUUUGGAAACAGUAUGAUAAUCUUGUUUAUGAUCACCACGUCAGCCGGAUGGGAUGGCUUGCUGGCGCCCAUCCUCAACUACCCACCUGACUGCAACCCUAGCAAGGAAAAUCCAGGAACCACAGUGAAGGGUGACUGUGGUAACCCUUCAGUGGGAAUCUUCUUCUUUGUAAUGUACAUCAUUGUGUCCUUCCUGAUUGUGGUAAAUAUGUACAUUGCCAUUAUCUUGGAGAACUUCAGCGUUGCAACAGAAGAGAGCGCUGACCCGUUGUGUGAGGAUGACUUUGAGUCCUUCUAUGAAAUCUGGGAGAAAUUUGACCCAGAUGCCUCACAGUUUAUCACCUUUGCCAAGCUGCCAGACUUUGCAGAUACAUUGGAGCACCCUCUACGUGUGCCUAAGCCCAAUAUAAUCGAGCUGAUCGCCAUGGAUCUGCCCAUGGUCAGUGGAGACCGCAUCCACUGCCUGGACAUUCUGUUUGCUUUCACCAAGCGUGUGCUAGGUGACAGUGGCGAUCUGGACAUGAUGCGUCAACAAAUGGAGGAGCGCUUUGUGGCGGCAAAUCCUUCCAAAGUUUCCUACGAACCUAUUACCACCACACUGCGCCGCAAGCAGGAGGAAGUGUCAGCCGUGGUCAUCCAGAGGGCGUACCGGGACCACCUGGCUCGCAAAGGCUUCGUCUGCAAACGUCAGCCUGCCAACAACAAGCUGGAAAACGGAGGGACAAAUCAGGAGAAGAGGGAGAGCACACCCUCUACUGCGUCCCUGCCAUCCUACGAUAGCGUAACCAAGCCGGAGAAGGAGAAGCAAGACGACAACAACGAAGGCAAAGGGCGUAAGGAGAAGGGCCGAAACCAAAAAGAUGUCAGGGAAUCCAAAUGUUAAAGCUGCAGCAGUGAAACACACAAACACUAACAACGGUCAUGAUAAUAGAAUAACAAUAACAACUCUAUUUCAAGCAAGACAAAUGGAAACCCUGAACCAAACUACACAGAUGUACAGAUUAAUUUCAUUUGCAAGUAACAAAAUGAUAUUUAAAAAAUCUAAGAUUAAAAGAACAAAACAAAAAAUUGUUUACAAACUUCACAGGUUGUAUGGAUGCGGUGGAAAGCGGGGUUUCUUCAAGCUUGACUCUUAAAAGUUAAACCAAACAUAAUCAGCUUCCUGUGUGACACUGUUGCAUCAAGACUUGAUUUAAACAUCAAAUAGGAAUUUAACAAAGGAUUGAUACUUGAUAUCGUGUAUUAGAGGGCUACUCUGCGCUUCAGGACAGAACUCGUUACUAAGCAGGAAAAUGAGAAACCAAGGGAAAACUGGGAUUCACAGCAUGGUGUUCCCCACAUCCGGAGAAUCCCGUGCUUAUGCAGUGCAUCUAUGGAAUUUCCGUCAAGGAAAUGAACACUGCUUAUUAUGGAAGAAUCAGCUUCCAGAAGCGGACAGCAGACGAGUCUGUGCCGCUUCAUUUCACAAAUAUGUGGAUGAACUCAAAAAUGAUUGUACGAAUGAGCAGGGAUCAGAGUGUGAUACACAAAACUUAGAGCUUGGCUGAUGCAAAUGGUAUCUUUGUGUUUGUCAGCACUAAAUAUACUUUACAUGGUCUUUACAUUAUUUGAGCGGCGAAAAAGGGGAGGAACAACAACAACAACAACAAAAAAAAUCAACAUUCAACAUUUUGCCCAUGUCACCCUCAGUAACUCUGUCAUCAUAUCUUUGUUAUACUUGCAUCAAAAGGCUUUUUUCUACAUGGGCUUUCACACUGAUAGGAUAGGGGGCAAUUACCAGGGGCCUCCAAUACACAUCUCCAAAUGAAUAAUAAAUUAUUGUGCUUGUUCAAUGCAUAGAAAUGACUUGCAUGAUGGCAUGUUUUGAUCAGAAAUCUUGCAUGAGUAAUCAUAGUCCACAAGACACUAAUACAGACCACCACAGUGGCUUGACAAUACGUUAAAGGCUGUCCACUGGCUAAAUUUACUACCAGGAAUUGAGUAUAAUCUGAGAACUAAAUUGGCUGAAGACACUAAAUUACAUUGUGUCCUUUACUUGUUUCUGUUAACUACACUAUAAAAUAGAUCAAUUUGGGGUUUUUGGCUUCAGUACCUAUAGAGAGCCUAUAAACAAUCAGUGGCUUUUGAUGAAAUGAUUGAUAGCAGUGUGGCACAUUUGUGAGGUGAACGGGACUAAAGAGGGACAUCCCAUUUUUUUUGCUGCUCAGGAGGUUGUGAAUGAACAAAUGGAAUAUUGGAAUGGGAAAUGAUUCUAGGAAAAAAGAACACUGUAAAUCCUAAAAGGUUCUUAUUUUAUUUGUAUGCAGCAAUAUCGCUUAGCUUGCCUACAGCGCAGGCCCACUUUGGGUCACAUGGUAGGUGAGUGCAAGGUUGGUUUGGAGGGAAGGGUGGGUGUAGGGUGGGGCACUAUGAGGGGUGUAGCAAGUCGACUGGCAUUUUUGAUCCUCAUCAGGGGUAAGAUUAAGAUGGGCUAUUACUGUUUUUAAGAAAGUGGCAUUUUUUUUUAUUUUGCAGAAGUUGUUACAGAGAUAUUAUUUAUGUGUUGCAUUAUAUUACUUUAGAGAGUUCUGGUGAUGUGUGUGUGUCUGUUUUUUGACCUGUUCAUGCCAAAGGUAUGAACUGUGCUUUUUUUAUGUAUGUAUAAAGCCAUCACAUCUUUAGCAAUGGUAUGAUUGUAGCUGGGGCAGGAAGGAAUGCCAAUCAGAGGGAGAGCCUGAGAGAGGGUGUCACAGCUGUAAAAGGAGAAGCCAAAGAGAUCUGUCUUGCUAUUCAGUGUGUGCUAGUUUGGUCUGAAAGUUUCAAGAAUGUCCCAGGAGUGGGAUGGGAAUGCACCCCUACCCUCCUGUUUUUUUAUGCUUUCAGACAGACUGAUGCUUGUUGAGUUCCCCCAUUUUUCUCAGGAUACAAUGCAGAUUUAUCAUUCUAAUGACUCUGAUGUCAUCAGGAAGGGUGUGCCUAAGGCCCAGAGAAUGUGAUUUUUUUUCUUUGGAAGAGCAGGACUGGGUGUGCUGUCUUGACACUCACACUGAAAGAGCAGGAGUUGCAGGGCUAAAAGACACAGAGCCGAGCUCCUCUCACCACCCAAAGCAGCUUCCAUCUGCGUGUGGAGAUUUGAAUGUUUACCAUCUACACAAACACAAACAAUAACUGCAGUAAUAAAAGUGGUGCAUGCUAUUGCAGGGAGGAAAUCACUGUGAGGCAAUGAGAUUAGAUGUGAGAUGUCUGACUGUCAAUCGAAUAUCAUUUACCACUUCACUCCACUGUUGUGGUGGGAAAACAACAGGACCUUUGUCCAAAACUAAACCCCUGGUCAGCCAUAGUUCUCAUUAGGUCACCACCAACUUGAUGCGAAAUAGCCAUCAGGGCAAUCUACUGUGAGCAGACCAGCCACUACAACAGAGCUGUUGCACUUUCUGUUGUGUAGUGACAAAGUUUGGAAACCCAAGCCCCUAAUUGGAACUGACUGUGGCAUGUGUGAUCAGUGAGGGCGUUGACCUGAACCAAAAACAACAAAAAACUGCUCACUCAGCUAAACUAACACCAUUCACACUUCCACAGCACAUUGAGGAUAGACUGUAUAAAUUACACAACAUCAGAUCAUACAUCCAUUUAAAACUAAAUAAAUAAAAAUUAAUACAAAAAAAAACAGCAACGAUAUUGUACAGUACAGGCUAUGUUGCAAACGGCACAAAAUGCUGAAAAGUUAAGAAUGAACUUUUUAAGAGUCUAUAAAUAAUGUAAUAUAUAAUUUUAUUUUAACGGCAUGCAUAGUUUUGUGUAAAUACGGAAAUACUUAAAAAAAUGCUAUUAAUCUAAUCCUGAAGAAGAAUAAUAACCUGAAUAGAAUGGCUUCACUCAUUGCCCAGGUCUCACUUGGUAGACUGUGAAACAUUUGUUAGAAGGAGUAGAUUUUUGAGACACUUUUCACAAUAAAGAGGGGAAUCUAAUACAAAUAUAUAUUAAAAUGCAAAAAGUAUAUAAAUCUAUAUAUAAAUCUAGGCAUAUAUAGAGCUAUACUACAUAUGUAUCUAUGUAUACAUGUAUAUGUACAUAUGUGUAUAUAUAUGCACACAUAUACAUAUGUAUGUAUAUAUAUGUGACAUUAGAACACUGUCCUCCACUGAGUUGACCUCUGCUUGGAGUGGAGGGGAAGCACCACUGACUGUCUUUUGCUCACAUUUCUUAUUUCUUUUUGUGCAAUACGUUCAGUGAACGACCAAAACUCUGGCCUGGCCCACGAUGUGUGCAUGUGUGUGUGUAUGUGUGUGUUUGUGUGAGAGGGACAGAGGGAGAAAGUCAGUGUUUGUGUGAGUGCAUGCCUGAUGGUGUGUUUGUGUGGGUCUGUGGGCCUAACGCUCAGCGCAUGGUGAAGUAUUAGCUGCUUAUGUCUCCUAUAUUUGGGAGGGGAAUGCAUUACCAGCACCUCAUUUUCUACCUAUAUCUUGUGUGAAGAUGACAUACCCUCACGCUGCCCUUCACCACACAUACAUCCACACAUACAUGCAGGUGCGCGCACACACACACACACAUAUACGUAAAAAAUAUACAAUGACACAUUCUCCUCCCUAUAAAUCUUGUGACUGGUAUAGACACCAAAUUCAUGAUCUUUUGAUCAAAAUUUGAGUGUGUGUGUGUGUGUGUGUGUGUGUGUGUGUGUGUGUGUGUGUGUGUGUGUGUGUGUGUGUGGACGAUUGUAUGUAAUAACUUGGUCACUGUAAGUGUGUGUGAUGCAGCUUAACUAGAGUGUAGCUUCUUCCUCAUCUCCUAGGUACACAGCAAUGCAAUUUGCAUCUUUACAUUAAGUUAGGCUUUUUAUUAUGGUUUCAGAUGUUUCUUGUCUGUGUAUGUUUGUUUCAGGUGCCUUUUGCUGCCUAUUUUGUUGGAUGAAAAUUUAGAUGAUGAUGUUGCAUUACAAUUCUCCUAAACAAGUGGAGCUUGUUUAAAAUGAGCACUGGGGAAAAAAGAACAGUUCUAAAGGAUGUCUGAGACAUCUAUGGAAAAAAAAAAAAAAACCUUAACUGGCAUCAGCCUGACUUCAUCCUCAGAGGUUGUAGUAUAGAUGGCUGGAGUGCACACUCUGAAGUGAUGGAGUGUACACUCUGAAGUGCUCACUCUGUGAAUCUCUUAAUGGUUCAGUCUGUGGAGAGAUAAGCAGUCUGCCUUCUGUGCUCAGCUUCUGUUCAUUUCUGACCAUUUCUUUAUUUUUCUAUCGGUACUAAUUUAUGUAUGUUUUCUUUUGUAGCAUGACUGAGAUGCUAUUUCUCUCAUUUGCUAAUAUGAAUAAUUCAAAAGUGCUUAUCGGUUGACAACGUUGUUCUUAUCUCUUGCCACUGAUGUUGGAAAGGAGAGGGUGUGUUGCACAACCACUUGGACUUAGUGAGAAUCAGUGAAAGAUUGUCUUCAUUUGAGCACGAAACCUUUUUCCAAACAAUAAAGCAGCCUUCCAGUUA